AUGAUCAGAACUCGGAGAAAAUAUGUGUUGAAAACUGGUGGAUUCCUGAUAAGUGCUAGCGAACUGUGCAUUACUGCGACCCACCUUGAUCGUGCAGUGGCUGUGGACCCGUCAUGUUUUGAGCUGUUACACAUGAGAGGAAGAUUUUCCUAUCAGGCUGAACAGCUGCGACCAGGCAUAACAGAGAACAGGUUGUAUCUUGGGCGGGUGUUGUACGCAAAAGGAGAUUAUGCUGAAGCGAAGAAAUGGCUUAUUGAGGCAGCUAAAGCCACCUGCGACGAUGAUGAACCGGUUGAACGUGAGCAUAUCAGGGCAGCACGAGAAAUGCUCCAAUUGAAAAUGAAAAGGAAAUUACUCCAUCCGAACAGCUCAGACACAUUCGAGAAUCGUAAGCGGGUAAAAGAAAUCCUUGGUUCGCUGAAUCUUCGUGUCCGUAACCUACAUCGAGCUGGAGCUGGAAAAGGACCUUCGACGACGCCAAUUCCAACUCCUGAUUUGGGACCGAAGAAUAACUUUACGGAUUUGACUUCAGAAGCCCAUCCAGAAAUCGCUGAUUGGAUGUUUGAGGGCGAUAUUGCACUCACACCGGAACAAGCGGAGGCCCUCGUACGUGGAGGGAACGACGCCUUUGCUGUAAACCCAAACAUACAUACGAUACAGACGCUCAAGCCGGAAUAUCAGAACACUUUGGGACAACGAGAACAGCCGGCUUUUUCGGAUGUUCGAAUGAUGAAUUGGCUCUACAACUGUUCCAGUCUCUGUGUGAAUACACCGGUACCAGCCUGCCGCUCACCUGGCUUCCCAAAUCCACGGAACUGUUACGAAUGCAUAUGCCCAAGAAUGUUCGCAGGGUCAACCUGCCAAAAUUUACCCACCGGUACAGCACCCAACUGCAAUGGAAAAGUUGUCGAGGCUACCUCCACAUCGUGGACUACGCUGAAUGGUGUAGCCGGUAAUCCAAACAGCUAUUCGACUUCAUCAACUCCCACCGACUGCUACUGGCAUAUCUCCGCACCAGCUGGACGAAAGAUCCAGAUAAGACUAAGCUCCCCUCCGAGUAAUUGCAUGGAAGGCUGCCCAUGGCAAGCAAUCGAAAUCAAUCUUGGUAAUUUCGACCUCUACGGAAUCAUAGUAUGCUGUUCGUCUUCACAAGUCUACACUUCGGUCGACAAUCUAGUAGGCAUCCGUGGAAGAAUUCGUUACAAUCAGCUCAAAUUUGGACUCGACUACCGUAUUGUCUGA